UGGCCGCCGCGCCAUGGCGCUGUGCGAGGCGGCGGGCUGCGCCCCCUCCCUGCGCUGGCCGCGCGUGCUGCUCUUCGGAGACUCCAUCACGCAGUUCUCUUUCCAGCAGGGCGGAUGGGGCGCGGCCCUGGCUGACAAGCUGGUCAGGAAAUGCGACGUUCUCAAUCGUGGAUUUUCGGGUUACAAUACCAGAUGGGCCAAAAUCAUCCUUCCGAGGCUGAUCAGGAAAGGGGGCGGCACAGAGCACCCUGUAGUUGCAGCCACAGUUUUCUUUGGUGCUAAUGACAGUGCGCUCAAAGACGAGAACCCCAAGCAGCACGUGCCCGUGGACGAGUACCUGGCGAACCUGAAGAGCGUGGUGCGGUACCUCAAGUCCGCGGAGGUCCCCGAGGACAGGAUCAUUCUCAUCACACCGCCCCCGCUCUGCGAGCCCGCGUGGGAGCAGGAGUGCCGCCUGCAGGGCUGCAGAUUAAAUCGCCUCAACUCGGUGGUCGGGGACUAUGCCAGCGCCUGCAUGCAGGUCGCCCAGGACUGCGGGACGGACGCCCUGGACCUGUGGACGCUCAUGCAGCAGGACGGUCAGGACUUCUCCCGCUACUUGUCAGACGGGCUGCAUCUGUCCCCGGAGGGAAACGAGUUCUUGUUCUCGCGUCUCUGGCCGUUGAUAGAGAAGAAAGUCUCCUCCCUGCCGCUGCUGCUCCCGUACUGGCGGGACGUGGCGGAAGCGAAACCGGAGCUGAGUCUCCUGGGGGACGGGGACCACUAGCCCGGCCGCGCGGCGCCGCGCCGCGGGAAGGCGCCAACGAGCAGCCGCGGCAGGUGGUGCUCCCGUCCCCCCGGGGCCAGAACCCACCGCCCCUGCCCCGGAGUAAUAAACGCGUUAGUCCUGCCCUGGGACGCUCUGGACCUCGGCUGCUUGUUUUGAUAUUGACCGUUUAGCGCGCGCUGCAGCUGCCCUCAGUGCCGCGGCUGUAAAGACCCCGCGCGAGCCGCUUGCUCAUUCUGCACGUGGAAAGAAGGGGAUGACGCAGGAGGAUCCAGUUCUCGGCCGCAGCACAGCCUGUUGGGACCCACCUGGCCUUCCGGAGAGACAUGCCUCACGCCCCCUUCCCCCGCUGGUGUCCGAAGGAGCAACCGUACCUCGCGGGAGCAGUUCCGGUUGAAGGAUAUUUUUAACAUCAAAAAAAACAACUAAAACCUGAAAGCCUCAAAAUAAGCUAGAUCCGCCUCACCGCCUCCCGGGCCAGGGGCUCGGCACAGCGCCGGGUGCCCGGGGGACGUCCCCAGCGCGGCCACCAUCUGCUGUGAAGUCACUUCCUUCUCGCUCCCAAAUCUUCACAAAAUAAAUGCAGUGAUUUUAGGUCAAAUCUACAAAAAUACUUUGCACAGCAGGCCAAGCGCGCGCAGGCGUGGCCCGGGUUAACAUUCCGUUUCUUUGCUGUCGACACGGUUCUGGCGCUGCAGCUUGAAGGAGGCGGCCUUGUCGCUUCUGGUGACGGGCCGGUCCGUGAGGUCCUCGAACGACUUGGCGGCUGUGCUGCUGUUGGGGAAGGGGUCCUUCUCGAAGCCGUCCUCGUCCACGUGGGAGUCCAUGCUGGGGUCUUCCUGGAUAGUAUCCAUGCGCUGGUGGUCCAGUUUGGGAGCUGCCGGCGCUAGGGGCACCACAGCGGGGGGCUGCAGGGGCUGCAGGCGGCCUGGUGUCUGGGGCGCAGGAAAGGGCUUGAUGAUGCGAACUGAAGCGGAAUCCAUGCUGCUGAGCAUUUCAACGUUCUGGAAAGACAGGAGUGACAGAUGCAUCACAGGAGCUCAGCUCCAGUCUCACCCAACAAACAGCCUCCUGCUUUUGGUGCCACGAUCCCUCAGGCUGAGGAAAUCACUAGAUGGGGCCCCCCACAAUCUCGGAACCAGGCAAAGCCAGUUUCCUGAUGCCGCUAGAGGACCCGCGGGAGCUGGGAAGAUCAAGCAUGGCCCUCAGUGCUGCCCAUCUUCACUCCAGCAACGCAGGCUCCUCCAGUUGGGUGAAGUGUAGCAGGUUCAACAGACGCGACAAUCUUUUCCACGAGCUCUCAGCGACCCUGCCCCACUGGGAAGUGCUGCCUUUCUGCGGGGUAAGUACAGAAACGGGAGGCUGAAGGGUCCUUUUUCCCAGAGUGCCCUAUUGAGGGCAGGAGAAAAAGGGCAUCUCCCCGUGUCUGGGGGUCACGUACAUAGGGCACAGCUGCCAGAAAGGCCAGAGGGGAGGCGGGCCGUGCGCUCACCUCCCAGAGCCGGGCCCACACCAUCUCCACACUCAACUGUUAGCAGUUCCACGGCCAGGCCCUUGGAGGAACGGGGCCUCCUCCCCACACCUACGUGCUCACUCCCAGGAAGAGCUACUGAGUGAGACCGCCUGAGGCAAGAGCAGCUUUCUCCUGGCAGGCAGCUAGUGCUGGAAUCUGCAAGGUGCUCCCGGGAUGCACAGGAAGCCUCUGGGUCUGGUUUCCUUUCCUCCACAGGAGACACAGCCCCGUUUUCCCAUAGAAAGCAAAGUGAAUGAACUUGUAGGAAAUGCUGAAAAACCUUAUAAAGUACCUAAAGCUAAACAAAAGCCCAUUCACCUUGUUAACGCAAAGACUGCUGAUUCGUUGGGAGACUGAAUACCCGGAUGUGAUGACCCCAGAAUCUAGAUGGUGUGGGGCAGCCCCUUUGGAAUGCUGAUGUUUCACAUGAGCUCUAAUACAGUGACAUGAGUCUGAAAACACUAGAAGCUUCACUCAUCAGAGGUCCUAGGCAAAUCCAGUUCGAAAGUCUCCUAUAGAAGUAUACAACAAGACGCCCACGGGCCUCCCUCGUGGCGCAGGGGUUAAAGACAGUGCGAGCAAGCUGCCGCCAGCCACUGCAACGCGAGAGCAAUCCCUGGCCAGGGAGCUGACCCACAGGCACGGCAGACCUCUCCUGUCUCCCCGCUGCUCCCCUCAGCAGUGGAUUGCAGUGGAUCCCCCUGCUCUGCUCCACACUCUGCCUCUGGUGAAUCUCCACCCCCCGCAUCCCUGGCCUACACCCCGGCUCUUGUAUGCAUACGUAAAAAAAAAAAGCCAUCCACAAAAAAGUGUCAUUUUUUAAGUGUAAAUUUUUAAUAAUUAGCUAAACUUUUUAUAAGAUACGCUUUUCUAGGGAUAACACCAAAAACUCUUUCUGGAACUAUCAGGUCAGAUUGUGCUAUGAACAGAUUUUACCUUUUGUGAAAGUUACAUGGAGUUGCUAAAAAGUUAAUAAAAUGUUUCACUACUUACCACACAAUGGACAAGAAUGCUGAAAGGAAUCCAAAAUAUCAAGGAGAAAACUAACACAGAGCCCACGAUGUUGUCUGCCAAGAACUUCCCUGUAAACAGUUCAAAGAGCGGGCAUCAUCAGGUACUUUAUUAAUCUAGUAACACGGCCCGCCUCCCCGUCGACCGCUGGCCGGCUGAUGCCGGGGACCCGGCCCCGAGCAGUGUCUGUGCUACCUCGUUCCACCCGACCGCCUCCCCGCAAGUUCUCUCCCAGAAAUAGCUGGUACCGAUGAGAGAGGCGCUGUCCCCAGGGGGCCAAUCCCGAGGACGCUACCAGCACAUCGAAGCUUGAGAUGAGAGGCGACUCCGUCGCUCUGCAGGGACUGUUUUUGUGACUAAACUCUGGACAAUUUACAUCCUUGCGUCUGUGGCGCCCGAGGCCCAUCUUUGCCCGAAAAAGCCUUCCACUAGCCAGGUUCCGGGGGUGUCUGGCCCUGCGCCAGGCUUACGUUGUUGCAGCCUCAUUUUUUAGUGGAGAAGGCGGCCGGUAUUUUGACGAAGGGUUGGCCUCCCUUGCCUGAAAAUGCGCAUCCAGGCUGCAGACAGCUCUAGAACGAGUCCGCUUUACUUUGGCAACAAACAAAAGCGGAUUCUCCAUCCUCUCCCAGGACCCCAGGCCGCGAGCACAGGCGCCUCCCUUUCUAAGGCCCUCGCUGAAGCCCCCGUGUUGCCACCCACCCCCGCAGUCACCUACUGAAGGUAUUGAUGCUCAGCUGGUCGAUGAAGUCCCAAAACCGCUCGAUCACAUCCUGUACUCGCUUCUCACACUUGCCCUGUGCACAGAGAACACAGACGUCUCCCUGAAGUGAGUGGUGCAGCAGAAGCGACAUGGUGUCAUGAAAGCGACUGACAUGUAAAGGGCCUCAUUACAAAUCAGCAGCCCCGGGCCCGUCUUCGACAGCGGGCCGUGAGCAUAGAAAGGAGAACACCCCGUCUCUGACACGCGCCCAUCAGUCCGUUUUCGUAGGUGAAUUCAGAAUCAUCAGGGGACACACUCAAGGGAAAAUGGGGUGUUCACUACAUUGAUCACACAGGCCAGCCAGGAGAGGCCGCUCCGACGGGCAGAAGCCCUGCGUGCUGCGCCCGUUUCACAAUCAAAACUUUCACUUUUAUAAUCAGCCUGGAAAGCCAAUUAGGAUUCACUGCCUCAAACCAACCAAAUUUACCCAAAAGUGCCCCAAGGUCCUUCCUAGCCGGUGGGUUCAGGGUGCCCUGGGGUUCCCACCCAGAUGCCCCGGGCCGCUUCUCAGCGAGAAAGACCUCAGCAGAGAGUGGGCCAGGGCAGGGCGCAGCACUUGGGCAAGGCCUUCUCUGCGCUCACAGACCAAGCUCAGCAGCGCCCUCCGACGGUGCCACCCAUGCACAGCCGGCAUGGCCUGCGAGCAGCCGGUGGGCACGGCCGGCGGAUGUGGUGUGCACCUCAGCUGAGGAGCCCCGGAGGGUCCUGGGCAUAAACCCUCGGCUAAGGGGGGCUAUUACAUGGACUAAAAAACCUUCUUGUCUGGUUGCUGCAGAAAAGGGGCGCACAGAUCAAUACUCACGUUCAUGUCACAGAAUCCCACCGUACAGGGCUUUCCUUUCCUCAAAAAUAAGUUCUUCUGUUCAGCGUCGACGUAGGGCACGCAGCGGCCGGAGGGGUCCCUGCAGCACACCUUGCACGAGUGGUCGGUUUCUGGAACAGAGGUCAGUGUUCUUGGACUCCUCCCCACGUGCUCCCCAUGGGGAAGGAGAUGAAUUUACUUUUUAUUCCACGAGCUAACACUGGCCACGUUUCACCCCGAGGAGUAUCAGCCGAGUUCGCGCCAGCGCAGUCGAGAGGCCACAAGGUAAAACGUCUCUGUCAGACGUUAAAUGCCUCUUUUAAAGCCGAAUCGUAUUCUACUUCGAAUCUUCCGGAAAGGCAAAUGUUCUCCUUCAUCCCACCAUUCUCACGUGGCUGAUUCCAGCCCUUGGCCCCUCCGUUUCAAGUACGGCCGGGAGAGCCAAAGCUCUAGUCUCGGCCAGCGCAGCCGCGACAGCGGCCCUCGAGGGGCAGAUCAGCAUGACCUGCAGGUGACAUGAGCGCCACAGCCCUGGUUCAUGGAUACGACUCCCCCAGCACAUGGGCUACCAGAAAGCCCACGUGGGGCAUCACAGAAGCAAACACUCCCACACGUGCACACACACGUGCCCCUCGUGCCCAGGAAGCCAAGGGGGCAUGUAACUCCGGCAGCCCCUCUGACGUGGGAAAGCCCAUACCCGGCGCACGGACACGAGCAAAACCAUUUCUACAAGGAAAACGCAGUCUCUCCCUUGAGGGGCCUCCCUGGUGGCACAGGGGUUAAGGGUCAGCGCUAUGGAGCUCUCUGCAGCCACUGCAGCACGAGUUCAAUCCCUGGCCAGGGAGUGACCCACAGGGCACAGCAGACCUCUCCUGUCUCCCCGCUGCUCCCCUCAGCAGUGUACCUAGGUCAGUGUGCCUGUUCUGCUCCCCACUUGGUCUCUGGUGACUCCUCUUGCCCCCAACCUCUGGCCUACAAAAACCAACCUCUGUACAAAAAACAACCUACAAAAAACCUACAAAAACCAACCUCUGUACAAAAAAAUAUUUUCUAAAAAAAAAACCUCUCGGGCCUCUCCUGGUAGCGCAGCGGUUGAGCGCUGGGCUGCGAGGCUGCCCAUGGCCCCUGCAGUGCCGGUUGGAUCCCCGGCCGCCAGCGGGGGUCCCCUCCCCCCCAAAAAAACAAAAACUUUCUUUUAAAAAAUAAAACCUCUCCAUCCACUUAACCCAGCACCUCCCAGGCAUUACUAUGUGCCCCUUGAGGGCACCAAGCCUCUUCCACUCGUUCACUCAAUAAAUGACCUGGCUUCUGCCGUUUUCCUUCUUCACAUGUUACCCCAUGGAAGUGCCUGUCACCCCACUGGACGGUGAGCUCCCCGCCUGGCGGCUUUGGCUUGGGGGUGUCUAUUCUGAGGGCCAACAGACACCCACAAGCGGCACCUCCGGCACGGUGCCAGCAGCAAGGCGCGGCGGAGGGCAGGCCCGGCCCCACGGCCGAGCGAGGCUAACAUGCUGCUGUCGGGCGGAUCCUGGGGCAUUCCUCAGGCUGCAUUCCCCAAGCAGCGGGGCGUAGCAAGCCCCCCCCUCACGAGCGUCCGACCCGGGGGGCAUCCACCCACUCUCACCCACAACAAAAUUCUCUCCUGUCCACG